AUGGCGCCCGGACUCGUGGAAACCCCUACUGCGGCCGCAGCAGCAGCCAACAAAUCCGCCUUUCCAGAUGGCCUCAAGACCUCAGGCCAACACGCCCCGGAUUACACCCUCGUAAAGCCCUACUCAGCCUUCCCCAAGGAGAUCACCGGCCCAACAGUCUGGCAAGCCGACGACUACAGGGACAGUCCGGAGCGAUGGACGUACUCCUUCAAUGAACGCGACAUCGACGAGAUCAGCACGGCUGCAGAUCGGUUCAUCCACGCGGGGACGCCUUUGACGGGUAUUACCAAGGACCAUUUCCCCCUCCCCGGUCUGUCCGAUCGGAUGGAAGAACUGCGCAAGGAUCUCGUCGACGGAAAAGGCUUCUUUCUCUUCCGCAAUCUGCCCGUGCAGGACUGGGACUUGCAGAAGGCGGCUGUCGCGUACAUGGGACUAGGCACGUACCUGGGCUACUUCGUCAGCCAGAACGGACGGGGCCAUGUCCUCGGCCACGUCAAGGAUCUAGGCGAAGAUCCGACACGGACAGAUAAAGUGCGGAUCUACCGCACCAACGCACGACAAUACUUCCACACAGACGGCGCCGACCUCGUCGGCCUCCUCUGCAUCGCGAAGUCCCAAUCCGGCGGCGAAUCCGACAUCGUCUCCACGCACCACAUCCUCAACAUCCUGCAACGCACGCACCCAGACGUCGUCGAAACCCUCGCCACCCCAAACUGGUACUUUGACCGCAAGGGCGAAGUCUCCGCUGGCCAGGAGCCGUGGAUCCGCGGCAGCGUUAUCUACUUGGAAAACAGGACCGACGGGCAAGAACCCCGCGUCUACGCGCGGUUCGAUCCCAACAAUGUUACCUCGCUGGGGAGAUUCAACAGCGGGCCUGACGCGCGCAUUCCACCGCUGUCUGAGAAGCAGAAAUACGCGAUGGAGGUGCUGGAGACGACGUGCAAGACACAUGCGCUCCAUAUGAUUCUAGCCCCCGGCGACAUCCAGUUCCUGAGUAACUCGCAUGUGUUUCACGCGCGCACGGCGUAUGAGGAUUAUCCGCCUGGGGCGGUGGAUGAGGCGGGACGGCCUUGUCGGAGACGGCAUUUGAUGAGGUUGUGGUUGGCGGUGCCGCAGGGUGAGGGGGGGUGGAGGUUGCCGUAUCCUGAUUGUGGAGAGGCGAAGAGGGGGGGGAUUCAGGUUGAUGAGCAGCCGCCGGCUUGUCCUUUUGAUGCGGAGUGA